UAUAAAGUAUACGCAUAUAAUGUAAUUUUUCGUGAAAAGCGGUUUCAAAAACUUAUGUCACAAACCUUUUUAGCUAUCCACAAUUAAACUUAUUCUAUUAUCUAUUAUCAAUGUGACCCGUAAAAUAAUAAAAUUAAAUAAUUUUGGGUUAUAAUAUAAAUUAGGUGAUUUGAUUUUACACAAUUUAAAUAUUUAAAAAAUAAUAAAAUUUUAAGGUAUUGUUGCAAAUUUUGUACAAUAUAAUAGGGACGGCUAACACACAGAUAUGGUGGCGUCAUUUGAUACAUAUUAGUAAUGUAAAUCGAAAUAAUCUAGAAUUUCGUAAUUCAGAAAAUUUGCAGUUAAUACCCACUUAAUUCUUUUGUACAUAAAAAUAAUUUUGUUUAUUUACAACAUUUAUAUACGUUUAUGCUAGUUUACAAUAUUAACUUUAAAAAAAUUCAAAGUUUUAUUCAAUUAACUACUUAAAUUUUGUUCAAAUAACUUUAAAAAUUACUCCUUACUAAAAUGACGUAAUAUCGUAUAUUUACAUUAAAUUGUAAAAAACUUGGUACAAUCUUCAAAAAAUACAAAAAUAAUAAAAUGUACAUAUUAUUAUUAUAUGUAUCCAAAAAAAAUAAUUUCUUAACAUAUCUGAUUUUACGCUACUGUAGCAAAAUCAAUUAGUUAUUAUAUGGAUAGAAAGAAGAGAUUACUUAUAUAUAUACAAUAAGAGUACUUAAUAUUUACUAGAUAUAAGUUUGCUAAAACAAUAGAUUAUUCUGCUAUAAAAACAAAUCAGAUUUACCGUAUGAAUCUGUUUGUAUGAGCAAUAUUUUUAAUACUAUUGUAAUUGCAAAACUAUUUUCUAAGAAUAUAUUAUUUUAUUUUAACAUUAAAUUAACCUAAUUGUAAAGACAAAUACACUCAGCAAAUUUUUUUAUUUUAGCAAUAAAAUAGAUUCUGUUCUAAUGAAUAUUUUCUAAAAUUGUGUCAACUAAAUUUUAUUACUGUCUUUACAAAUAUGCAAUAAUGAAGACAAUUUUGCUACAAUAGUACAAUUAUUUUUAUCCGUGUGUAGAUACCAUUAAAAAUAUAUAUACAUAUAUAUACAUAUCCUAUAUUGUAAAAGGUAUGUAUUACAGUUUACUCGGUGAUUCACCAUAUUAUACCAACGAAUAUACCUUUACAAUAAGCAUUAGAAACGUACAGCAGCAAUAAUGUACGUAUCAUCUAAGUUUUAAGACUAUAAUUCUUUGUGUUUUUGCAUCUAUUACGUACCAUUCCGUUAAAUAUGCAAUUUUCGUUUCGAAGUAAAUGUACGUAUUAAAGUAUUAUAAGAAACUUUUAAGGCAAGCUAAAUUUAGUAUUUCGACACGGCAGAAUAUUUUUUCUCUCUCGUUGUUAGUAGAUUAGUCAUAAAUGUUUUUCAUGACUUAUUCGAAUGCUAGUAAAGUUUUUUUUUACAAGAGGAGCAACUAUAAUCAAUUGGGGAUAGCGUUAUUAAUAUUUAAUGUUACUUCGAUGAGGCAGCGAGGUUGUUGCACUUACAUAGCGAGCAUGCGUGACAAUAAUUUCUCGAUAGAAAAUGAAGUGGAGUUUCUCCCGUUUAUUAGUUUUCACGAUGGACAUUUCCGAACACACAGGUUACAGAGAUUUUGUUUGGGCAAUUGAAUUAAAUCGAUUUGGUUUGAAACUGGUCGGUUUAUGGCCUAAAAUACAUGAAGUGAUUGAGGACAACUACACAUCCGAUCUUCGUAUAGUCAUUAUUUUCGUUAUAAUAACAUUCAUCUCUGGCAUUCCUCUCAUUUGUUCCCUUUUACGAGUUCGUCAUGAUAUGAUACUUGUGAUAGAUAAUUUACAAAUUACAUUACCUCUAAUGAUAGUUUCGUUAAAGCUUGUUGUAAUGCGAUGGAAGCGGACAGCUCUCUUAUCUAUCAUAAAUAUGAUGGAGGAAGAUUGGAUAGCAUUGAAGACAGACGCAGAGAGGAACGUGAUGAUAAAGCGAGCGCGGACUGCUCGGAUGAUAGUAAUUUGCGGAUGCGUUUUGAUGAUAAUGGCGUUUACCUCAAUUAUUGUUUUUCCUAUAUUUGGCGUACCAUUUAGACGCUUAACAAAUAUCACAGAUCGGGACAAACCGUUACCGCUUCAAACUUAUUACUUUUACGACACAGAUAAGAGUCCACAAUUUGAAAUCACGUUGGUCAUUCAAGCUAUAACGAUUUUUUUGGCAGCUGUUACUUAUACAUCGGUAGACGCUUUUCUUGGACUUACGGUCCUUCACAUUUGCGGCCAAUUGGAGAACUUCAAAUAUCGAUUGGACAAUUUAAUUUCGUGCAAAGACUUUAAUAGCGCUUUGCGAAGUAAUGUAAUCAUUCAUCUACGACUCAUCAGAUUUGCCUAUAAGAUGGAAGAUACAUUCGCGUUAAUGUUAUUGGGAUUAGUGUUUUAUUUUGGUAUUGUAUUUUGUCUAUAUGGAUUUCUAUUGCUGACUAUAAUUGCCGAAAAUGAAACAAGUAAAAUAUCCAUUGUACGAGUACUUUACGUAGCAGUUGGUGUUAUUACUCUUUUAGUACAUACUUUUCUCUACUGCGGAGCCGGAGAGCUAAUAACGCAUCAGUGCGAAGCAAUAUAUCGUGCCUUGCAUGAUCUCAAAUGGUAUAAAUUAGAGUCGAGAAAAGCCAAAAGUCUUAUUUUAUUGAUGACACGAACCAGUGAACCUUUUCGUCUUACUGCAGGAUACAUUAUUCCACUAACGAUGGCCACGUUUUGUAGCCUAUUGAAAACAUCGGCUGGUUACAUAUCAUUUUUACUGGCAAAACGAGAUUAAAAGAGAUAAAAAUUAUUAGUAUAUAAUUUGUUUCAGAUUGUGAUAAAAGGUUAAAUGCAGAAUAUUUUUGAUUAUAUAGUAAAUUUAAUAAAUUAUAAAAUUUAAUAUAUAAUUGCAAAUAAAAUUGUAUUUUAUUUAGAAAUAAAA